ACGCAGCUCAAGACCAAAACGUGAAAGCGAAUUUGGGCUGUGUUUCGUGUUUCUGGAGUUUAGUAGGCCGCUCGGCAACUAAUUAUUUUGGUGAAUUAAUUGUAAAAUGCCGGAAAACAUUACUAUUGCUUAUCAAUCUAUGAAAAAUACAGUUGAAGUUCGAGCCCACUUGAUAUUCUUCCUAAAUUGCAUAUUUUUCUGAAAUUUGUAGUAGAUUUACCACCUUGAAUCGAGAUGCAAACAUUUAUAGGAGACAAUGUGUUUCCUAUUGAAAGAACUUACAUGGAUGUCCCACCCUCAGCACUCCAAAGCGCUAUUGCGCACCCGUCGGGACGUUCUUCACAGGCGGUAGGGGAACUUGGCAAUAGACUGCUAGAAGCAUCCAAAAAAGGAGAUUUGAUAGCUGUUCAAGAAUGUAUCAGCAAAGGCGCUCCUUUCUCAACAGACUGGUUGGGCACGAGUCCGCUGCACUUUGCGGCGCAGAACAACCACCUGUCGGUGUGCGUGGCCCUGCUGACGGCUGGCAUAUCACGUGACGCGCGCAACAAGGUGGAGCGAACGCCACUGCAUGUGGCCGCUCAGGAGGGUCACUACCACGUGGUCAACACGCUCAUCGAGUACGGCGCCGACGUUGAUUGCAAGGACAUGGUUCGCAUGACUCCUCUCCAUUGGGCUGCUGAGAAUGGAGAUGCCAACAUUGUGAAGCUACUAUUGAACUCUGGAGCCGACCCCAAUGUUGAAAACAAAUUCGACAUGACGCCUGAUUAUAUUGCUUUUCAAAAGGAGAGACUUGACAUUGUUGAAAUGCUACGGGAGGCUAGUAACAUAGACCAACUUACUAGGAUAUCUAUGAAAGAGAAAGCUGUGAAAAAAGAAAAACAGUCUGACAAGGAGACUAAUAAGAAGGAUUAUGAAAAUGGGAAAAAGAUCUCGCCACACCUUUUGGCUCGCGUCCUAGCCAAUCGGAAAGCGAAGAUUAUCAAUGAACUGCCUCCAACACCACCUGUUGAAGACUCGACCAGUGACUGUGAUAGAUUAGAGGAUGAACUCAUCGAAAUUGCUAGAAACCAACAGGAUCUUAAUCAAGCAGGGAUCGGAGCUGUUCCAGCAGCGUCGAACAGAAUCAACAACUCGGCGACAAGAACGGCGACAAUUCAGUCGAUGAAGACCAUCAAUAGCAAUAGUAGUGCCAUGCAGAUGUUGAAUGCGCAUGGCAUCACUAUGCUACCAGACGAUAACUCAUCGUUGAUCGAAUCAGCUGUUCAGAGUGGCCAAACUGUCAUGCUCACAGAAGCGGGCAAGCUAGCGUUCAACUCAACUAAAGUCAAUGUCAUGCAGAACAGAAAUGGAUUCAGCACGAAAUUUGUAAAUAGUAGUAACAUUAGUUUAAGUAGGAAGGUUGAUGGUGGAAUUUCGAAAGCCGUAAGAAACGUGCAAGUGAUCAAAACGAAAACUCCCACCACAAUUCAAUGUAAAAAGGUUUUCCCAAUUAGCUCGGAACAACUAAUAAAUAUGACCAAAGAGAAGAAGGUCAUAAUUCACAACGGCGAUAAAAGACAAGGAAAACCCGUACAGUUUGUCUGUGCCAAACCUAUGGAUCCGGCGUUAGCGGCGAAGUUAGGAAAUAUCACAGUGACCAACGCAAAUGCAAGCAAACAAAACGAAACAAAUAGUUCUUCUUGUUCACCGCCCAAAAGACCACGAACUGAGGACACGCCAGAAUAUAUUCAACUUAGAAAAGAACUGAUUGCUGCUAAGAAACAGAUUCAGACCUUGCAGGAAUCACUGAAAACAAAAGAACGAGAAAAUAGACAAUACAAAUUGCAGAUCGAUACUCUGUUGAAAAUCAAAAUGGUGAAACCUUGAGUCAUCUAAACUGAAACUUCUUUCAAGGUGAGAGCUUCCAUCACUGUAAACUAUCUUAAGAUAUCAUCGUAUUCAAAAGUAGGUAAUUUAUAUUUUUGUAGCAAAUGAAAUUAUUUUAAAAAUAUUUUAUAUGAUUUGAAAUAGCUUGUUUUUAAUCUUGAGGCGAAAAUAGCUAAAAAUGUUAAUUCUUUGGAUUAGAGCUCUGAUCAUACCAGGCCUUCCUAUAUUGCUAGUAUAUAGGAAGUCCUGAAUCAUAUAUAAUCAAGGCUAGUAAUAUUGAGUGAUCAAUAACUAUAUUGAAUUAUUAAUGAUUUAAUACCUAUAUUUAUCUAUUUAUUGGAUAAAGCAAACAAUACAAUAGUCGGAAAAGAAAAAACAGACUAUUGCCCAAAACUAUAUAAAUUGAAUCAUAUGUAUCACAGUCAAUUCCAUGUAAUAUGAUCACGAUUAUAGAAUAGUUAUUUUAAAUCUGCGACGUAACAUAGAGUGUGUGGUAAUACACUUUGACCGAAACUGAACAAAACUAUAAGGAAAAGAGUAACCGAUGAUAAUGUUGUGAAAUGAAUCUUCUUGAGUUUUUACCUGUCGAUUGCAAUUCUAUGUGGACUCACAAUAAAAAUGUUGUAGUAAACUUCCACUAUUACUCGUAAGUGAAAGAGUAGAUAUUUCAUUAAGGCUCAACUCACACUUACGCGACUCAAGUUGAGAAAAGACUGCGACUCUAGCCUCUUCUCGACGCAGCGUGUGUUUUCAAAUGGGACACUCAGACCAGUCAAUUCUAGUCUCCGCGACCUCACGACUGUAAGACUGAGUCGAGCGUCGACACGACAUGUUGGUCGAACCUCGACUUGAGUUGCGUAGUACCGUGCAUUUUUAAUGAAAGUGAGGUUAUGCUUUAUGAAAGUGACGUUUAAUCAUUUUAGCUACUAACAAUAAAGGAAUUAGAUAAGACAGAAUAUUCAUAACAGUUAUAUAAAACUUGUUACAUGCACAGAAGUGACGUCAUGGAUCUUAAAUUUCAAAUAAUGUGAGGUUAGAAAUGGAGUAGCAUGGAAUUGAAGUAGUGACAAUGAGCAAGAAAGUCGUAAGGUCGAGAGACUGGAGUAUCCUCCACUGGAGUCGUACGAUUUGAGUCGAGGUAGUGUGAGUUGAGCCCGAGUGUUACCCUUAAUUAUUCUAAGUUUCCAUGUUGUAACCCUUAACUAAUAUUCUUAUAACUUUUAUAUGUUUCAUAUUUUAAUCUCUUGUUAAGUUUUUUAGUAUGUUAAUUUUAUCACUGUUUUCCUAUUGAACUGCAUUCAGAGUUGCAGUUGUUUGUUGGACAAGAGUUAGAUCGUAAUUGAAUUCCAAUUAACAGGUAAAAACUAGAUGUUUUUUCUAGACUGGAAAAGAGCUGUAUAGCUCUACGGUAAACUGUUAAAGUAUUACGAUGGAUUCCCACAUAUCAGUGACAGUAAAAGUGACCGUAUGGUGAGAAUAUUAUUCCUAUAAGCUCUUAUGGGAGUAUUCAUACUCGCUCAGUCGUGCUGAGUGUGAACAGUCCAAUCAGAUCUCAUGGAAAUUACAUUUUUACUGUGCCGAUCACUUGUGGAUAUCCAGCUUUAAUUGAAAGUUGGAAAACACUGAUUGUAUAUUCUACUCCACUCUAUUUUUUUACUCACAUGUAUCUGCAGUGCUGUAAGUGGAAUAAUGGAGUGGAGUUGACAAUACAAUUUAUGUUUCCCAAUUAUGAUAAAGGUUCACUACAUCAAUAAUGUAUUCAACAAAUAUAUUAUCAUUUCAACAUUAUAGGUGGCUCCUUUCCUAGUUAGUAAUUAAAAUCCCAUACUACCUAAAAUACCUACUCGUUAAGCAUUUUAUUCACCGUUUUAAAUUAAUUUUUAUCAAAAGUAAUGUUUGUAUUAAUUUAUGAAGGAUCCUCAAGAUUGCUCUUACUUGUUUACUGUCUAACAACCAAUAACAGCGAUCAGUUAAUACAUUCUACACCUUUUCCAAUUUUAUUUGAGAAAGUAUCAAGUUAAUUUGAGAAAGUAUCAAUUGUAAUUGAGAUAAUGUCAGAUGUAGAUGAGAAUAGUCAAUUGUAUUUGGGAAGUCAUCACAUGUAAUUGAAAAUAGUGAAUUGUAUUUGAGAAAUCGUCAAAUUUAAAUGAGAAGAUAUCAAUUGAAAAUGAGAAAAUUUUCCAAUUGACAUGUCGUGACUCUUCUGUAGCCUACAGUGCAGGUUUGAUUUGAGCAGGAAAGGAUACUGUACUACGUACACAGUAUUCCAAUUACUAUCAUAGGCUUUGCAUGGGGGAAAAUUAAUAUUACGAAUGAUUAAUGAGAAGUAUUUCUAUUUAUGUAUUGGCACGCGACUUUUGUGUCCAAACAUUUUGUGAAACAUUGCACUUGAUGAAGAUCAAAUUCUCUAUGUUUACGGCGCAAUUGAACUGUAUCAUCAACCAAUUGAAUCUCUUGAUCAAACAAUUCGGCAAUUCUUCAAUGGAUUUUGUGGCUUGGAAAUAAUUUUUAUUCAAAAACUAAACGUUUUAUUGGAAUAUUAAAUAUAUUAUCAUAUUGUUUUAUAUGAGUACAGUUAUGAAAAAUAUAAGUACCGUACUGGAAGUACUUGCUCACAGAUAGACUUCGCCUCCACAUUAACAAUAAAUGGCUGAAAGUUCUUUUACCUACACUAUUUUUGAAAAGUUAAUCCAUCUCAGGGAAAACUGCAUCUCAAGUAACGAGUAACUGAAAUGCUCAUUUUCUACUGCCUGUUUUUUAAACCUGAUUAAAAAAUGAAUGACAUUUUCAAAAAUGAAAUACCUGAUUAACUAGCUUAGUUAUAAAGACACUUCAGAAACUAAUUAAACUGCAUCUCAAGGAACAAAUAAUUGAAAUAAUCAUUUUAUACUCAUUAUAUUUAAUCCUGAUUACCAAAUAAAUGAAAUUCGUAAAAAUGAAUUAUUACCUAGCAUAGUAUGUUAUAAGUGAAGACAUUUUCAGAUUCCGUUGUAGGAAAUGUUUCUAUUCCUAUUACAAGGUAUUCCUUGUAUCUCAAGUAACAACAUCUAGUUUCCUACAACACUUCUAUAAAUGUUUAAAAUUUCAGUUCUCGCAUUCAAUUGUUUUCUGAUUUCUUUAGAUAAAUAUUAUUUGUUUGUAUUUUCAUAUCAAUGAUCUUUAAUUUAUUCAGUUGUAUAGUGUUUCUUAAAAAAGUAUAUUGCAAAUAACUUUACUUUUUGCCAUUAUCGAUAUUGAAAACAUAGUGAUAAUUUUGCAAUCAUUGUACUUUUUUAAAAACAUUAAAAAUAUAUAACAUAGAUGAAAAAGUAGAAAUAUAUAAAAAAAGAUCUAGGUAAAACUGCUGAAAUCUUUGCCUUGUUUUUAGACCGAAAUGUGAUUCAUCUAGAUAUUAUUUGUAGCUUAUGUUUCGUAAACUUCAAAUCACGAGAGGUUGAUUAAAUAUACUGUUUUCCUCAGAAUAUUCACAGAUAUUUCUUCCAAAAUACUAAUUAAUCUUAAAGGAAACUCUAAGGAAAUUAAUGUAAGAGGAAUAUUUUGCAUGUGACCUUGCAGACAUUGCUUGUCAUGACUUUCAGAAAACCUUUCUUGUUGUAAAGAGAGGUUUGAAUCAGUCAUGAAUCAUACUGAAGUAUUGAAAACAAUUGAGUGCUCAAGAAUUGAAUAGAAUCAUAGUAUGUCAAAGUAUGUUUUAUCAUUGUAUCCACUUUGUACCUUCUAUACUUUUUCAGUAAAUUGUUAACAUUUUGUAAGUACAGUAACGAUAUUGUGAUUAUAGGUUAAACUGUUGAUGUAAAUUCUGUAAAUUUUUAUUCGUUAUCAUGUAGAUUUCACAAUAAAGUGAUAAUUUUUUACUGCAAGAA